AUGGAUCUCGUGACAAACCCUUCGAGGAACCGUUGUGACGGUCGCUGCCAUUCAGGCAGCCUUUUACGUCCCACAUCAUCGCAACUGAGAAACCCCACCUGUGUGUUGCGUUCGGGUUCCGGACACCGUUCAUUGCACUUAAAAUCUUUGAAGCAGCAUGGUAAACUGGGCAGACUCACGUCCAUAAGGAGUACAAAGAAGGAUGAAAAAGUUGUCAAUAAUGGAGAUAAUGAGACCUUCGAAAUGCAUAUGGGAGGUGAAGAGAACGAAGCCUUCGGAGGUGAUAUGACAGUGGAAGAGGAAGGAAAGGAGGACGACGGACCCAGAGAAGACUAG